AUGGUAGGCGAUCGCUCGCCGCAGCCUCCCAGGGAGACAUGGGAGGCUCUCAAGACCGACAUCCGCAAAUGGUAUCUCAAGGAAAAUCGAACUUGCGAAUACAUCCAAAAGCAGCUCCGUCUCCGCAGCCUCUUUGUGAGCGAGAGGCAGAUCAAAAACAGGCUGAGCGAAUGGAAGUAUGAACGCAAGAAAACCCCCCACCAGCAUUAUCUCGCCAUGUUGGUAGUGGCGGACUCAUGGAAGGCUCGUGGGGGUGAGGUUAUUUUCGAGGUACCUAAAAGAGAGGAACGAGUGACCUAUAGCGCUCAAAAAAUCAAGAAAGAAUGCGAAAGAGUCAAGAAAAGAUACCUAUUACACCGAGAGUCUUUCAAACUCCCAUCCCUAUGCGAAGCAGAAUACACUUUGAGGGUUGCUGGCAUCUCCUGGAGAGACAAAGACCUGUUGCUGGAUCACAAUCGUGCCGGGAAAAUCCAGAUAUACGCUCCAUCACUGCAAUGGCAUGCAAGUCUGAACGGUCUACCAGUACAACCUUGCCCUGUGCGAAAUAGGGACAUACUUGCAAAUGGUGGGAGCCCACCUACGUUAUUUCAGGAUCGACAGGACGACAAGGAUUCUCCUCCGUCAGCAUUGGAGCCCGUAGCAGCCUGCAGCGUCGUCCCUCCAAACAAUCCGAUAUCUCAAACUCCGUCUCCUCCUGACACUCCACCAAAGCUAAACAAACCGCCCCGUGUCGGCAGUCAAGGCAUACUCUCACCCCCAACCGGGAUUGUGGCAACCACUGACUGUCAGCCAUCGUCACUCGAGCCAGUUCCCUGUAGCGACCUUCCUUGGCCGGUCGCUGCCGCAAACACGGCCGAUAACGGCAAUGCACUUUUUCAAACGGAUCCAGCUCAUACGUUGCUGAGUCCACCCGAUGAGGCGCUCCCAAUCGAGGACGAGACUUAUUCUCCUCCGCAUUCGAACAGGACCAUGUCUUCGACGGCGACCUUGGUUGUGCUUGCUACACCUUCUGAGACAACCCUCAACCCCAAUGCCUGCCGUUCCUGCCUGCCACCACACUCUCACCAAAGCUACGAUUUCAGUGAGUCAAUCGGAACGCUCUGUAAGGGGAUCAAGUGUGAGCCUCCCGACUAUUCAGCCUACUUGCACCCUGUGUACUGCUUCCAAAACACGAGCGACGAGGACCACAAACUAAGCGCCAGUCAAUGGGCUGCGCCGUAUUACUUGCAGUGUUUUUCCGAGCAUUUGCAGGAGGACAUUCUCGAGUUCCGUAAGUCUCAGUCAAUGCAUAUCCUGCAGUAUGCUUUGGAGCACAACAACGAGUUCAUUCUUCCAUGCCUUAGCUGGACAAUGUUGGUGCUGGGACAGACUCAACGGAUGGAGCAACUUGCCGACUUUCUUUCUGCCAGUUGUUCUAUCAUCAGCUCCCAGCCUGCCAUGCGAAAGAGUUACACCUACGAGGUGCCUUUUCGGUAUGCUCUAGCUUGGGCCAGUAAAGAUCUCGAAGAGAUGGAGUUGCAGGGGGACUCACUAGGCCGGUCACACACACAAAUUGGGCAGAUUUGGGGCAGAGAACACCCCAAUUUCUUCGUCAGUGGCUACCUCUACGCAUGGCACUCGAUGUGGAAAGGCGAUUAUCAUGCCGCAUUAAGGCUAUUAACCAACAGCCUGCCAGUUUGUGAGCGGACAAUGGGCCGUCACGACCUCCUGACCAUUAACUGUUUGUCCAUCGCUGCUCGAGCUUAUGCACAUGUAGGGCAUACCGAGGCGGCAGUGCAAUGCUAUCGCAGAGCAAUGAGUGCAACACAACUCUUAGAAGAAGACCAAGCCCAUGUCAAAGCCCACGGGCCUGUUCUCCAACUAUUUCGUUCAACCCUACUCGCCCGACAUGCAGUUCUUCUUUUACGUCUACAAGACCCGCUUGGCGCAGAGAAACAACUUCGCAAGGUUCUGGAUACCCGCGUUCUGAUGUACGGUGUUCACAGCCUCAUUAUAUGGUGGGCUGCCUGGCCCCUCGCUUCCAUGUUGCAGCAGACAGGCCAAUUGGCAGACUCGGACGCCCUCAUGGACGAGUUGUGCCGAUGGCACUACUGGGAACAGGAAGUCGAAUGGUGUCUUCAGGCGGGAGAACCGCCGCCUCCUCGGCCCCAGUUCCACUGGCUCCGAUUCGAGCCGAACAUGACCAAAAAGGAGGAGCAGAGUCCUCCUCCGUUGGAGGUCGCCGGAGGUCUUUACUCUUCCCAGAUCUGCGAUGCGGGUUUGGAAAUGCCUCCUGAUGACGAAAUGCACCUCGCAGACCAGCCUUUCUCGAGCGGAGGCGUGGAUGUUUGUCUAACCGUGGCAACAACACUUUCUGGAAUCCCGCCAAGUGACCAUGACUGGGACUUUUUGGAGCCUUGA